AUGGACUCUACACUGAGUGCAAAAAAUAUUCAUAACGCUGGCGUGCAGCUCAAGCCUGCAGACAUCAACACCUGCUCACUAGACAUAAGCUUCACCAAUGGAGUUCUUACUAUUCCCAAAAUCAAGAUCAGUGACAUCACAGAAGCCCUUUACAGAAACAUCAUCUUGUUUGAGCAAUGUCAUCGCUUAGAUGCUUACUUCUUCCACUAUAUGAGGUUCCUCAGCUGCUUCCUCAGAUCCCCCAUGGAUGCUGAAUUGUUUAUCGACUGUGGGAUCAUCGUGAUCAGGCGUGGAAAUGCAGAAGACAUUUCGAGGCUGUUCACUACCAUAUUGAAGGAGGCAACUCAGACAAGUUACAGCGGGUUUUAUUAUCAGACAGUGUAUGAGAAUCUGCAGGGGUAUUGUAACAGGCCUUGGAACAAGUGGAAAGCAACUCUGAGACGUGAUUAUUUCGACAAUCCUUGGUCAGCUGCUUCCGUUGCUGCUGCUGUUUUUCUUCUGGUGAUGACUUUCAUACAGGCUAUAUGCUCUAUAUUAGCAUUAGAUCUUGUGAGAAAGUGA